AUGCUGCAUGUUUCUAUACUGUGUUUACAAGCUUCAUUACUUAUUGUAAUUGUGAGCGGAGCCGAUGCUCGUGGAGGAGCCUCGGAGCUUGAAAUCAUUCGGCUCAUUCUCAAUGGGUACGAUCCGUCUGUUCGUCCGGUUUUGAAUGAAGAAGAUGUGUUGAACUUAACUAUCUCUGCCAACAGUUUGAGUUUGCUAAAUAUGGAUCAAGCAGCUGAAACAAUAACUUUCUCUGCUGAUUUCAUAGUGGAGUGGAAAGAUGUAUUUUUGAAAUGGAAUAGAACUGAGUAUGGUAACAUAACCUGGUUAAAAAUGAAAGAAACUCAAAUAUGGCGUCCAGAUGUUACUGUAUCAACAAGUAUUCAUAAAACUGAAUUGUUGGAUGAACGCGUACGAUAUUUGGAUGUUCGUUAUGAUGGACAUGUUCGACAAAGCAUUUAUGCUGUAUAUACCAAUUUAUGUAAUAUGAAAAUUACCCGAUUCCCUUAUGAUUCUCAAACAUGUGACAUAGCCAUUGGUCCGUGGUCCUAUACGGCAGAUGAAAUUUACUGUAGAGAGGGAACUGUUUAUCUUUCCGAUUCAUUUGUUGGUAAUUCCGAAUGGGAUUUCGAGAACUUGACAAGCAGCGUACUUCUUAGCACGGAUGAUGAUGUUGGUUUUGAAUAUACUGAGAUUCUUUUCAAGUUGGUUGUCCAGAGACGACCUCUGUUCUAUGUUUGGGUUUUGCUUAUCCCUACAUUCAUUAUAACAACCACAUGUAUUUGUGGUUUAUUCAGUCCCACAAACAAUAUAGGAGAUAGAGAGGAGAAGGUAAAUCUUGGCUUGACAACGUUACUAUCUUCAACUGUUAUCUUGGAAAUUAUCGCUAACUCUAUGCCGAAAACAUCUGUUCUCCCACUACUAGGAAACUUCAUUUUGGCUGAAAUUUUCGUUGUUUCCAUUGGUGUCUUCUGCUCAGUUUUUGUUCUUUUCCUUCAUAAUAAAGCCCACACCAGGGGCUGGGUACCACCUAACUGGAUUCUGGCUAUUCUACGAUUAACGGGCUCUAGAAAGUUUUUAAUUCAGAAAGGUAGGUAUUUCAAGUUGAACAAGUCGGAGGAGACUGAACAGGACUUGAAAUUCACUGGUGAAGGAUCUGAAUUUUUCUCAAAACUGAACACAACUCUCACUGGUAUUACUUCAUGCAUAACGGAAGAACGGAUGAACAGAAAUCGUGAAUUGGCAUGGUUGAAGUUCUUUGACCGAUUGGAUACAUUGCUGCUCCUAAUUUUUCAAGCUUCCAAUGCUCUUGUUACUUUCUUUAUUUGUAGUUGA